AUGGGCUGGCUUGCCUACAAAAGAAUGAAUCGCUUCUUAGUUCUUCGAGACCCCUACGGACUUGUGCAGGCUGUUGUAAACCCGGAGUCUGAGCUAUGCAACGUCGUUAAAGACUUGCCUUAUGAAUCUAUUGUGCAAGUUGAAGGAUCAGUGAUAAGUCGAGGAGAAAACACGAAUUUGAAAAUGAAGACAGGUGAAAUAGAGGUAGGCUUUGUAGCGUCUUUAGUACAUUUUCACACGAAGUGCUUCGUGUCCGGUGCAAAGAAUCCAGGACAGAACAACGUACGCAGCUCUGUGUGGAAACAGUAUAAGGAGCAGUGGUAG